AUGUCUCACUCUGUGACUUCCUCCGAAAUGAAGUCCUCGGUAUCUGUCACGUUUCCGAUGGCAGAGGAGAAAGUAGAACACAAAGCCUCAAAGCUCAUUGUCAGGGCCCGAGAGGCAAAGACCCUUGCCAGGGGAACCAAGGAGGUGGCGAAGUACAUCCGACGCGGUCGUAAAGGCAUAUGCAUCAUCGCAGCAGAUACCCACCCCAUUUAUGUCUUUGCGCACCUUCCAGUGCUUUGUGAACAAAAUGGCAUCCCGUACUUCUUCAUCAAAUCCAAGAAGGCGCUUGCUGAGGCCGCUGGUACGACGGGCACUGCGUCUGUCGUUCUUCUUCAGGAACCGAGCAAGGAUGCCUCGGACGGUGAGGACCGUAAAACCUAUAAGAAGAUAUACCAAAAGGCAGAGGAUGCUCUGAAGGCCCUCAAGAAGCACGUAGAAAUCCACUGA